UUUACCAAGAAAAAAGAGAAAAUCUCUCUCUCUCUCUCUCUGGACUUUUAAUGGCGAUGAUGCCACCAUUGCAUAAAGUUCUCCCAACAGUCUUGUAUUUCAGCUAACUUCUCUCUCUCCAGAAAGUUAGGGUUCCAAAUUCACAAUUAUUUUUGCCUUUUACUCAGUGGUUCAGAUACUGUUAGAGGAGAUUUUAACUCGUUAAUAUACCGUUUCUGGAUUGGAGUGGCCGGUGGAAAGUUGACACAGGUGGUGAUGUUCUGAUUCCUUUUACAGCAUUGCUAAUUUGGGUUCUUUCAAUAGUCUGAGGAUUUGAUACUGUAAGUGAUGUACUGGAAGCUUGAUCUCGAAGAUAGAAAGUUAUUUAAUACACUAAAGUUGUACCAUUCAGAAGUUAGUUCCUGAUUUUUGACAAGAAAAGAGUGUGAGGUAGAUGGAAACUGCUAAGCGUUGGUUUGGAAAGUUCCGAUCAAAAGAGAGGCCUAAGACUUCAAGGACGAAGAAUGAACCUAGGCCUAAUGGAAAAGAAGGUUCAAAGACACCAUUGAAUGAGGAAACACCUUCGAAUGCAACUAAGCAGAAGGUAGCUGCUGCCAAAGAGUAUAUAGAAAAACAUUACAAGGAACAAAUGAAGAGCUUACAGGAAAGGAGGGAGCGGCGUAAUAUGCUUGAGAAGAAACUGGCUGUUGCUCAGGUCUCUGAGGAAGAGCAGAACAACCUUUUGAAGUACCUAGAGAAAAAGGAAACAGAAUAUAUGCGCCGUCAGAGGCAUAAAAUGGGUGCUGAUGAUUUUGAGCCAUUAACCAUGAUUGGAAAGGGUGCAUUUGGAGAGGUUAGAAUUUGUAAGGAGAAGUCAACUGGGCAUGUUUAUGCCAUGAAAAAGCUUAAGAAGUCGGAAAUGCUUCGUAGGGGCCAGGUUGAGCAUGUAAAAGCAGAAAGGAAUCUAUUAGCGGAAGUUGACAGCAAUUGCAUUGUCAAACUUUAUUGUUCUUUCCAAGAUGAAGAGUAUCUAUAUCUAAUAAUGGAAUAUCUUCCUGGUGGAGAUAUGAUGACUUUACUGAUGCGGAAAGAUACAUUAACAGAAGAUGAAGCCAGAUUCUAUGUAGGGGAAACUGUUCUUGCAAUUGAAUCUAUCCACAAACACAAUUAUAUUCAUAGGGAUAUCAAGCCUGAUAACUUGCUUCUUGAUAGAAAUGGGCACAUGAAGUUGUCUGAUUUUGGAUUAUGUAAACCAUUGGAUUGCAGUAAUAUUCAAGAGAAGGAUUUUUCAUUAGGAAAUAGUUAUAGUGGGUCUCUUCAAAGAGAUGGGCGCCCUGCAGCACCAAAGCGUACUCAACAGGAGCAACUGCUACACUGGCAGCGGAACAGGAGGAUGCUGGCCUAUUCAACUGUUGGUACACCUGAUUAUAUUGCUCCAGAAGUUCUGUUGAAGAAAGGAUAUGGAAUGGAAUGUGAUUGGUGGUCUCUGGGGGCUAUCAUGUAUGAGAUGCUAGUGGGAUAUCCACCAUUCUAUUCUGAUGAGCCCAUGUCUACAUGUAGAAAGAUAGUAAACUGGAGAACUUAUUUGAAAUUUCCGGAAGAGGCAAAAUUAUCACUAGAAGCAAAGGAUCUUAUCUGUAAACUCUUGUGCAAUGUAGAGCACAGGCUUGGCACGAGAAGUGCUGAUGAAAUUAAGGCUCACCCAUGGUUCAAAGGCAUUGAGUGGAAUAAACUAUAUCAGAUGAAAGCUGCAUUCAUUCCAGAAGUUAAUGAUGAACUGGAUACUCAAAACUUUGAAAAGUUUGAAGAGACUGACAAUCAAGUUCCAUCUGCAACAAAAUCAGGUCCCUGGAGGAAGAUGCUUCCGUCCAAGGAUGCCAAUUUCAUGGGUUACACCUACAAGAACUUUGAAAUUGUUAAUGACCAUGAAGUUCCGGGAAUUGCUGAACUGAAGAAGAAGAGCAACAAACCUAAGAGACCUACUGUGAAGUCCCUAUUCAAUGAGGAAUCAAUUUCAACAUCCAAUCAACAAGCACAAGGAAGCUUCCUUCAUCUUCUACCUCCAAAAUUAGAUACCUCAAAACAAGGCGAACACUAAAGGUCACUAAUCUGUUGAUAUCAUCCGACAAGCACCCAAACGGGUUUUCAAGUUGUUUUGAAGCGAACAGGUCUCCUGUCUUCACCUGGGAGUGCUUGAACUGUAAGUAUGUUUCCAUGGAGGAGGCAGUUUCUCAAGUACAUGUACUCGAUUGAGCAUCGUGUAAAUCAUAUCCUGGUUGUACAUAUCUUGUUUUUCGUCUACUCAGUUGAUGUGUAAUUCAUUUCACUUAUCAAGCUGUAGAGACCAAUUCAUUGUUCAUGUAAUCUGUUUGUUCUUUGGAGUAUAGGAUUGAUUUGAACAGAAGCCAAUUUUGGGAAAUUGGAGCUGUUUGACAGACUGAUGAAUAUCUGGAAGAGUUGAUUGCAGGAAUUUACUCAUUUCCUUUGUGAAUUACCAUUCCCUUUGUACCCUCGUGAUCUGUACAAAAUUCUUGAAAUAAUCUAAGUUUCCUGUAGAAAUUGAAGUA